GGCUAUAGCCCAACAUGUGUAAUAAUCCGCUACGAUGCACCACACUGAACUUCCGUACAACCAAACACAUCGAGAGUUUUUUUUCUCUAAUUCAUUUCCCUAAAACCCUAGCAAAAACUUGCUCUCUCUCUCUCUCUCUCUCUCUCUCUCUCUCUCUCUCUCUCUCAGUUCACUUCUCCUUCAAGUAGAACAAUGGCUUGGCGCAACGCAGGAUCUGCUGCUCGUUCUUUCGUCUCCGCCACCGCAAGAUCACCGUCUCUCCGUUCUCCUACAACGGCCCUUCCUCGCCUCCGUCCUCCCCAAUCCUCCUUACCUGGCCGUCGCUUCACCUUCUCAUCACCUUCCAGGAAUCUAGGAGCACUUGGUUGCACACAGUCGUUCUUGCCUCUGUACAGUGUUGUGGCUGCUUCUCAACUCACAUCUCACCUUAACGUUAAUUUGCGGGCUUUCUGCGAGUUGUCUAACGGUACCUUCCAACGCACUUGUCCGGAUCGCUAGUAGUCUUCUUUGUGAGUGUUUACUUUACUUAGGAUUUUAUAGGGAAAUUUGGUAGAUAACUCUGAAUAUGUUUCUUGUUUAACACUAUGGAGAUUCUUGCGCAUUGAUGUCGUUGCCAUUCUUUGUUUGAGUAGGAUUACGUGAUAUUUUGGUUGUUCCUGUUUUUGUUAAAAGAACUAUUUGGGUUUGGGAUUGAUAGGAAUUGGAAAAGAUGGGUGAUGCACAUGGAUUUUACGUCGCUGGCAAGAGAGUGUUGCUGCAUUGUAGGUUUCUUAUCAAUAUUUGAAGAUUAGACUCUGUUUCCUUUUGCAUUGUGUUGGCGGAUUAGACAGAACGGAGCUUUUCUUAGCACUGAAUAACAAACAUCUUGUUCAUUU